AUUAGUGAGAUGUUCUGGCUGGAAGCUAUGUCUGAAGGUGGCAAGAAAGCGACUCCCAUGGACCAAGCAGCCAAGUCGAGGAUAAUGUCUUCGGAGUACAAGGGGAAUGAUGGAAGGUCCACUGGCUGGUCCAGCAGAGCCCAGAGUGCUGCAGACAGAAACUACCCUCAGCACCACGGAAAGUAGGCAGCGUGAUCCCUUGACAAACAGACUCCUUUGGAACAACGAUGAUGGCUAGUUUAGUGUGUUAGCUAGUGUAGCUAUAAUACUC